AUGGCCAUUCUCCCCGAGCAUCCCGGACUGGAAGUCAAGAUCUGUGUUCGCGGACAGCAAUUGCAUGAGUAUGACGACGACGACAAAGACGCUGCACCAAACACGAUUACUAAGUACAUUGAAGCGCGCUCAGGCAAGGAGUUCUCGAUCGUGGCUGAAUACAGGCCUCCCUUCCCAGAUCAUCAUGAUGUCCUGGCUCGAGUAUUAGAAGAGGCUGAUAAGACUGCGCCUGAUAUUGUUGCUCUGGAGCAGAUUCUCAGCAUUAAAGGCUGUAUUACUAUAUCUCUCAACUUCGUCAAAAUUACCCAAGAGAUGAGCAUAGACGAGUUAAGUUACAGUGACGAUAUACACCAGCAACUUGCAGCGCUCCAAGAGAUUCCAGAGAAGGCGCUUAAAGGCGACGCCCUAUCGCACCAAGCAGUGUACGUAAAGAGUGGGUAA